UCACUUAAGUUGUUUAGUGAUAUGAGAAAGUAAAAACCAAACCAGGAACAAACUCCGUAUGAUCUCUCAUAUCUUAUUUAUUCACACUCCUGGGAACAGUGUUGAGGUAAAGCAUCCGUGUCUUUCAGAGAUGAAGUUCAUUUGUUUGACCCUCCUGAUUAUUAGCGGAGCUACAGAUUCAAGAUCAGUUGUUGUGGGACGUCCUCCAGUGAUCACUGUAGAUGGGUUUGAUCGCUCAGGAGGGCUUCAUCUACAGUGUGAAUCUGAAGGUUGGUAUCCUGAACCUGAUCUGGAGUGGCUGGACAGUGAAGGAGUCAGUUUGAGUUCAGAAACUGCAGAGACACACAGAAACACAGACAGAUUCAGUCUGAAACAGGCCGUCAUUGUUUAUCACAGUGGCAAGAUUCACUGCAGAGUCAAACUGAGACAUCACAUGCUGGAGACACUGAUCAACACCACAAGUAGCAUGUUUAAUCUCUGGAGGACAGCAGCCAUCCUGUUUUCAGUUAUAGUUGUGCUCAGUGGUUUUGCUGGAAUACUGUUUACUGUGUUCCUUCAUAAAUACAGAGAACACAAUCAACUACAGACUGAGAACAGGAGAAUAAAACAUGGUCAGUUUUGCAUCGAGUGGUUCUUUGCCUCCACGUCAUGCAUUAAAAUCAUCUGCAGACUUAUAUGGAUUAUCCCUUCGUUAAUUAUGAACUCUGCUUUGGUCUGCAAAACAAUUAUCACACACUGUCUAUUUAUUUAUGAACUAAAUGAGAUAGAUUUGAUUUUAUGGCAAAGAUACACAUAA